UAAUGUGUUUGGAAGCUGUUUUUCUGUUUUUGGUUUGAAGAAGUCUUUUAAUAUGACAUAAAUGUAAAUUAUUUUCAUGUUUUUAGGAGUAUUUAAUGUUUUUAUUUUCAACAUAUAAAACAAAGGGAAACUUCGUAAAAUCUCAUUGAAUUUAUACUUUUUUUUAAAUCUCAACUGUUGUGUACCGAUUAAUCCUCGUACAGUACAUUUUCCCAUUUCUUUUUCCUGUUUGGUGCCGGGGACUUUUCCUCUCCGAUCAGAAAGACAAGGUUCAACCAGUGGCAUUAGCUCUACUGAAAUUGAGUGCCAAAUUCUCCAGUAUGUUAUGGGUAUGAUUUUUGCACAACCAAAAGUGCACAACUUUUACACAACUUGAAAUUAGGGUUUCCACUGCUUCAUCGACUAGCUUCUUGUUCUUUGAUUUUCGAAGCUUAGCAAGUGAAUUAGCAUCUGAUGAGGCUUUUGCGGCUGAGCUUCUUGUUGUCUUUAACUUCUGGUCUCGCUGCAAUCGUCAUCUACAUCACUGGUUUCUCCACUCUCUACGGCAAGUAUCAGCCUUCCGAUGAAGAUUUUGAAGCCUUGCAGUCUUUGCAGAGCGAUUUCCAGAAGUGUGUGAGUGCAAAUGGAUUAGGUUUACAAGCUGUGCGUGGUAAAGAUUAUUGUGAAGUCACGAUAGACUUCUCGAGCGACACUGUCCCCAAAUGGAGAGAUCCUAAAACUCGUGAACUAGAAGGGUUAUCAUUUAAUUUUAAUUUGUGUGAAGCUGUCGCUACAUGGGAACAGGUGCGGAAUAGUACCACAAUACUCACCAAGGAGUUCAUUAAUGCUUUACCAAAUGGAUGGGAGGAAUACGCAUGGCGCAGGAUCAAUAAGGGAAUACUUCUCAACCGCUGUGAGAAUAAGACGCUAUGCAUGGAGAAACUUUCACUGGUACUCCCUGAAAUGCCUCCAUAUCUUCCACGGCAAUUUGGCCGGUGUGCUGUUAUUGGUAACUCGGGAGAUCUUCUGAAAACUAGGUUUGGGAAGGAGAUAGAUGGUUAUGAUGCUGUUAUUAGAGAAAAUGGUGCUCCAAUUCAGAACUAUUCAGACUAUGUGGGCAAGAAGAGUACAUUUCGUCUCCUCAAUAGGGGAUCUGCCAAAGCUCUUGAUAAAGUUGUGGAGUUAGAUGAAAUGAGGAAGGAGGCCUUGAUCAUUAAAACAACAAUUCAUGACAUUAUGAACAAAAUGAUACGGGAAAUUCCAAUAAAAAAUCCUGUAUAUCUCAUGUUAGGUGCAUCCUUUGGUUCAGCAGCAAAAGGAACUGGGCUGAAGGCUCUUGAAUUUGCUCUGUCUAUUUGUGAAUCCGUAGAUAUGUAUGGUUUCACUGUGGAUCCCGGUUAUAAAGAAUGGACUAGAUAUUUCUCCGAAUCUCGACAGGGUCAUACUCCUUUGCAUGGUAGAGCUUACUAUCAAAUGAUGGAGUGUUUGGGACUUAUCAAAAUCCAUUCUCCCAUGCGAGCUGAUCCAAAUCGUGUUGUAAAAUGGGUACCAAGCCGUGGCACAAUUAGAGCCGCUAGAAUCGCAUCAGAGAAAUUAUUGACGAGGGUUGGAGCAGGGUCUGGAGACCCAUUAGCCGCAUGCUCAAUUAUUAAGGAGAGAGUUGAGAGAAAGCCUAUCGCAUUGUCAAACCUCAGAAAGGCUGCUGCUGACCAUCAAAAAUUUGUGAAGGGCACAACCAUGUACCCUUUGGAGCAGAGUCUCGGACAUGGGGCACUUUGCACAGUGCCAGCAAAUCGAAUCACCUAAAUUGUUCCCCUACCUAUAAAUAUCAUGCUUUACACGAUUUUUUUAUGCGAAGAGAUAAUCGAGAGAGCCUAUUCCUUUCUUGAGCUUAA